GGAAAAUGCACAGGUGCAGAUGCAGAAAAAGGCGUUGAAAAAUUUGUCUGCGCAACGGCGAAAACAAGAAAAAGGUGAAAAAAUGGGGAACAUUUGUUUCUGUUAUCUUCUCUUGAAUGUUGGGAACGGAAGUUGCAUUGCAUUGGAUUGCGAGGAGACCACGACUUGUCUAGCUAGAGUUAAAAAGGUCAAUUUCCCUAGAACCACCAGACAAAAACCGACUUCUAGGCGCAAUUAUCAGGCACAUGGUCAGCAAAGAGCACUGAGCAUGAGCCUCUAGUUAUACCCACUGAUAGCACAAUCGAUAAAUGAUGGCGUCCACUGCGAAAGUCAGUCCAUCGGAUCAACCGCUGAUCCUCCGCGUCGAUGAGUGGUUUGACAAGAUCCACUUGGCUGAAUUUCGAGGUGAACCAAAGGGAAAGAGCACACUACCGCUGCUGCAUGAUUUGGCAAUCCGUUCCAUGUGCGAAAAAGUCAAGAUAUGGACGAGGGUCUUGCAAGAAGUUUGAACACACAUCGCCAAAUGUUGCAGUAUAGCUGUUUGUUAGUAAUACUAGCACUACUACCUAGUUUCAUGUUCAUUGGAUCACGAACACCCAAACUCACUCAAACAGUUCUUGUACUUGUGAAGAUAGUACAACCUAUUUUUUUAGAAACAAGCUAGUCCUCCCUAUGGCGCUUGAAGUACUGACUAGCAUCUAAUCCCUGAGCUCUUGUUAGACGAGAGUAAUGUGAAGUACGUACAUGCACCAGUAACGGUGGUCGGCGACGUGCAUGGGCAAGUUUACGAUGUCGUAGAGCUCUUUCGCAUCGGCGGCUACUGCCCGACUUCGAACUACCUCUUCCUAGGCGAUUACGUCGAUCGAGGAAACUGCUCUUGCGAAACGAUCACAUUGCUUACCUUACGAAAGUAGAAGUACUGUGUUGCUCUUGACGGAAGAUGAACAAGAGGAAGAUUGUUAGUGUUGCGUUUUUUGGCUUGUGGAAUAGAAACAAGUUGUUUGAGGGCAGGAGGUAUAGAGUUCGAGCUGCAGGUGAUCAAUGGCACAACAUAGCUGUCUGUCUCACUCAGGGAAGCGGACCCAUGAAAUGUAGCCCACCGUAAACUGCUUAGACGAUUCAAAGAACACUCAUCCAUCUAUUACUCCUUUUCCUUUAUAAUAUGUGCGCUGAAGCUGAAGUAUCCGUCGCGUGUCACGUUGCUGCGCGGCAAC